GGUCUCACCUUUCACCCCUCAGUCACACACACACACACACACACACUGAUGGCGUUGGCGUUUCUCCGGUGGAUCAAGCUCCUGAUGAUCCUGAUCGUCUUUCAAGGUGUGUGUGAGGUGUUUUAUUACACACUCAACACACACUCAUCCAGAGAUGGGAUGAGGGAUCCACUUCAUCUGCUGCACUGCGCUAAGCUCAGACACAAGUUUUCCAUUAUUAAACCGGCCAAAAGUAUAAAACUGAAGAGCUUCACGCAGGAGCUGUCAGAUUUGAUGAGCUGUCCGUACAGAUCCAACACAACCGAGCGCGAGCUGAACAGAAUGAGGCUGCAGUUUUGCUGUAAUGCCACAGGAUUGUUAUUCCUCACCAAACACAACACGGCCAUCAAUCAGACCAUCCCGUAUGAGACAAGCACAACAAAAAGUUACAAAAUGAAUGCAGCUGUUCACAGCAUGUUGCCUGAGGAUCUCCCCUGGAGUGGUCGUCGUCUGGGUCAGUGUGCUGUAGUUGGCAGUGGUGGGAUCCUGAAGAACAGCAGCUGUGGACGUGAGAUUGACAGCGCAGACUUCGUGAUACGUUUUAAUUUGGCGUGGAUUAAUGACAGUGAUGUUGGACAGAAGACCGAUCUGAUAACCAUCAACCCCAGUCAGAUUAGGAAUGGGUACAAGAAUCUGAUGCAGGAUCCGGAUCCGUUGGUGGAGAGGGUCAGUGUGUACAGAAACGCAUCCCUCGCUAUUCCCGCCUUCGCCUACACCUUCUGCACUGGAGUGUCAAUCAAAACUCUCAAAGUCCUCCAUCCAAUCAGACCGGUGGCAUUCUUCAGCCCUGUUUACCUACGAACACUGGACCGUUUCUGGAAGGGGCGUGGCCUGAAGGAGACCCGCCUCUCAUCUGGGUUUAUGUUAAUUAGCACGGCCCUGGAACUGUGUGAGCAUGUGCAUGUUUACGGAUUCUGGCCGUUUGGAAUGGACCUGCAGGACAAUCCGGUUCCGUAUCAUUACUACGACGAGUUGAGUCCGCACCGAUCCAUGCACAAGAUGCCGGAGGAGUUUGUGCGGCUUCUGCAGCUCCACAGCCAGGGGGCGCUAACACUGCACCUGGGGCCCUGUGCGCACCCCUGACCGCAUCUGUCUGGGACCAUCAGUUAUUUAAAGGAGAGGACACAUUAAAUCAUUUAAACUGUUUUGAAGUAAAAGGCUAGCACAAAAUCAUCUUUAUCAUUUCAGGAUGUCUAAAGAAUAUUGUUUUGCCAGAGUUUGUUCUCUGGAGAUUGUUUUGUCAUGGGAGAUCUUAAGCAUGGAUAUUUAUUUCCUCAAGUGAUUGUCCUCAGUUUUGGAAUACAAUAUGUGUUUGAUAUUGA